UCCGGAAGUCAACAAAUCUGAGUCCCAGGUAUUAAAUUUAAAAUCAUUACAUAUAGGACAAAGAAAUGGCAUUGCCAACUUUGACCUCAUCCUGGGCUACAAGAAAGAACUUCUAUGAACAUUCAAUAGUCAACAGACGUAAUAAGGAAUCAGACUUCAGGGAGAAAUGGGCCAACACAGCUGGAUAUUUCCAAAAGUCUAAUGUAGAGGUAACAAAGCAAAAUGGAUGGACGAGUGAUAAGUCAUUCCAUAAUAGCAUGGAUGCCUAUAAAGCAAUAUUCCAAAAAGAAAACAAACUUGCUCAACUUAAGAGAAGACGAUUAAAGCUUGCAGAUAUGUUGCAAAAAGAAAAAUUGGCUUAUGAGGCUGAGCUGAAGGAUUUGGCCGACGGUAACUUCAACCUGGAGGAUAUGAGGGAAAGGGUGGAUGAGCUAAAGAGUGCAAGAGAGGAAAAACGCAAACAGGUUGCUUCAGAAAAAUUGUAUGAGCAUUGGAAACAGAACCACCCAGAACUGAGAAAAAUUGAACAAGAUCAGUUGGUAGAUCAUGUGGUAGAAGCCUGGUCAGGUCAAGUGGAAGAGAAGGAAGAGAAACUAGAAAGUGCUAGGAAAGAAAAGGAAGAGUAUGAGCGCGAGAUGGAAGAAGAGCGUCAGGCGGCAAUCACCAUGGCGAUGAGACGAGAAGAGAGAAAGCGUGAGGAGGAGCGUCAAUUAAAAGCCGUGCUGAAAAGUCAGAUGGAGGAGCUACAACUGAAAGAGGCACAGGCAGAGAAACUGAAAAGAGAGCAAGAAGCCCUGAUUAGACAGCAGUGGGAAAUUGAGCAGAUGGAGGAACAACGAAAGUUCCUGGAGCAGAAACGGAUGAAACAAGAACACGGUCGCGUGUUGUUACGACAACAUAUAGCCCACAUGCGCAGACGAUCAAGGCAGAUACAAGAAGAGUUGGAGCUUGAUCGUCAAAUUUUGGAAUCUCUUUUGGAGAAAGAGCAAUUCACCCAGAGACAGGAGAAUGCUAAGAAAGCACAGGCGAGGGCUGAUGCUGCCUGGAUGAAGCAGGUGAUUGAAGACCAGAUCCGUUUGGAGAAGGCCAGAGAGGCAGAACUUGACAUGUUGUACCAGGACGAGGCGGCCCGCAUGUGGCAGAAGCGGGAAGCAGAGUGGGAGAAGGAACGGAGAGCGCGGGAGAAGCUCAUGAAGGAGGUGUUGGCAGAACGGCAGAUACAGAUUGAGGACAAGAUGGAGGAUUUACGUCUGCAGCAGGAAGACUCGCUGCAGAGGCGUGAGGAACUGCUGCAAGAGAUGGAGGUGGCCAAUCAGAUGACGAGACGAGAGCAAGAACAAACGGAGGCACUGAAGUCAGCUCGCAAACAGGAACUGGAGGAACAGAUUUGGACGCGUCGCGGGGAGGCUGAGGCGCGUGAGCUGAGAUUGAGGCUAGAGGAUGAGGCAGAGCGUGUUGAUCAGGAGCAAGAGGAGGAGCUGCUACGUCAGGAGACAGAAAGGAUGAGGCGGCAGGCGUUCACACCACGGGUGAAACUACGGGAGAAAGCAGGCGUGGACAUGAGUCUCGUGUACAUCCAUGUCACCUCAGUGGUCCCUGGCACCCCAAUUCAGAAGAUUAUCACCUGUAAAGCACACAAGACAUUUUGCGGCACUAUACUGCCCAGCGAGUCAUAA